AUGUGGCCACUGACCGUCGUUAGUUUCAUGUUGUAUUUCGUACCCUGCUACCAACAAUUCCCCCGCCUGUGUGCCACCCGGGAAUCCUUGCGCACCAAGGAGUGCUGCCCGCCCUGGCCGGGGGACGGCUCGGCCUGCGGAGCCAGCUCGGGCCGGGGCUUCUGUCGGGAUGUGGAGGUGCCGGACCGGCCCGACGGCCCGCAGUACCCGUUCUCUGGGCUGGACGACAGAGAGAAGUGGCCCCUGGUUUUCUACAACCGGACUUGCCAGUGCGCAGGGAACUUCAUGGGUUUCAACUGCGCGGACUGCAAGUUUGGCUACUUUGGGGUGAACUGCAAUGAGAGGAGAGAGUCUCUCAGGAGGAACAUAUUCCACCUGUCCCGGGCCGAGAGGAUCAGACUUGUGUCUUACCUGAACCUGGCCAAACAGACUGUCAGCAGGGACUAUGUUGUGGCCACGGGGACCUACCUGGAGAUGGGGAACGGAUCUAGCCCGAUGUUCGCCGACGUGUCCUUGUACGACGUGUUUGUGUGGAUGCAUUACUACGUGUCCCGCAACGCCCUGUUAGGGGGGCCGGGGAAUGUGUGGACCGAUGUGGACUUUGCCCACUGGGCGCCCGCCUUUCUCCCGUGGCACCGCUUAUACCUGCUGCACUGGGAGCAUGAGAUCAGGAAGUUGACCGGAGACAUGAGCUUCACCAUCCCGUACUGGGACUGGAGGGAUGCCCAGGGAUGUGACGUGUGCACGGACGACUUGAUGGGGGACCGGAGCCCCCAGGAUCCCAGUCUUCUCAGCCCCGGCUCGGUCUUCUCUUCUUGGAUGGUCCUGUGCUCCCUGGCAGGGGACUACAAUGACAGAGGGGUGUUAUGCGACGCCAGGGAGGAAGGCCCAUUGCGUCGUAACCCGGGAAACCAGGACCGCAAUGUGGUCGGACGACUGCCGACCUCCGCGGAGGUUGACUUCACCCUCGGCCUGACCGACUACGACACCGGAGCCAUGGACCGCGGCGCCAACAUGAGCUUCAGGAACACCCUGGAGGGAUUCGGGGAUCCCCAGACCGGGUUGGGAAACAGUCCUCGCAUGGGCAUGCACGCUGCCCUCCAUGUGUUCAUGAACGGAUCCAUGUCCUCCGUGCAGGGCUCGGCUAAUGACCCCAUAUUCCUCCUCCACCACGCCUUCGUCGACAGCAUUUAUGAGCAGUGGCUCAGGAGGCAUAGGCCGUCUCCGUCCCAGUAUCCGGAGUCUAAUGCCCCUAUCGGGCACAACAGCGAGUACCACAUGGUGCCCUUCCUGCCCCUCCACAGAAACAGAGAAUACUUCAUUUCCAGCAAGGACCUUGGAUACGAAUACUCCUAUCUGCUCGAUGCCAAUCAGAGGCUUGCAGAAUCCCUGCGUCCCUACCUGGAGGAGCUGCAGGAUGUGUGGCCCUGGCUGCUGCUUGCGGGGCUCACCGGAGGAAUUGUGGCGGGGGCCCUGGCUGCUGCGGUUGGCACUGCGAGACGGCGAUGCCUAGGGUCGUCUUGGCUGCAUGCGAGGAGGUGGAAAAACUUGUUUGCUCUCCCGGAGAGACAGCCGCUCAUCUGGAGCAAGGACUCUGUGGAAACUAGCCACCGUAACUACCACACAACUAUGUGA